AUGGAGAAUUUAGAGAAAUCAUUAUCAGCCAAGGCAAUGGGUUCAAUAUAUUUACAUUUGCUCUCAAUAAAAUUAAAUUGGCCGGUAAGGCAUUUUAUAAAUGGUUCAUCAACAUGUUCACUACUUGGUUUAAAAGAUGAAUGUGGUUAUGUUUCAGCAAGCUUAAUAUUGGACUCUCUAAUGAAAUAUAGAAAUCAAAUAGGUCUUUAUGGGUAUUCUAUUAACUGGGGUAGUAUUUCAAAGAAUGAGGCCAUUUCAAAUGUAUUUAAAAGUCAAGGGUUAGCACAACUUCCGAAUGAAUUAAUAUUUAAUAUUAUCAACUUAAUAAUGUUUGGGGAUUUAGAAAACAAUUCAAAUAAUUCAAAUUUUAUUGUUUCAAUUUUUAAUUAUGAUCAAUUCUUUAAAAUAUUAAAUAAUUCAAAUUAUUAUUAUUUAUUUAAAAAUUUAUUUAUUUCAUAUUCAGAAUAA